AUGGCUUCGGCCCUCGAUAGCGAGGCCGCCUUUCUAGAGAGGUUGCAGCAUCUGGGAGUUUCUGAUCCGCUCAAGCAGGAGCUGUUGAGUCAGGGAUUCACGACGUUCGGCGCUUUAGCAUUCGCUGUGUCGACGACACCACAGGCCCUCACGGAUGAGGCCCUCGAUCAGUGGAUUAAGAAGUUGACGGCCGAAGUUUUGACUCCGUUCCAAAUCUCUUGCUUACGACGGCUCGUCUUCGAAAGCCAGGCUCUGGCGAUCAGCGACUUGCAACGCAGAGUUGAGCCCACCAGUGAUGCAGGUGGAUUGCUGCCGAAAAAGCUUCCGAUCGCCGAGCGACAAGCUCGACAACAAGAGCAAGAGGCCCGCCUGGCCGGUGUCAUAUUCUCGCCAGAAACUCAACCGUCGCACUCUUUAGUGGACACUUGUGUGCACAUGAUCGACCAAAACGUGCUCACAUGGCUCAAACCCGAGGAGUGCACCUCCCGCGCGCAGGAAAUCCAGAGCCUCAAAAGGGAUCCGAAAGUGUCGCUCGAUUCCGAGGGAAACCUCAAGAUAUCGGCGAAGCCCAGUGCCUUGACUUGUUCGGUUGCGACUGCCCUGGAUCUCCGAAACGCUUGGCAGCGUCGCUCCCUCGCGUUUGAUCAAGCCCGCAUUUGUUCAUUCCGUGUCAUGGAAACAUGGGUCCAGCACUUGUUCUUGACGCAUGAUCGUGUGCAGCCAUCAGGAUUCGCUGCCGUGUCCACUGCUCAGAUGAUCGAAUGUGAUAAACAGCUGUUCAUCCGUGCUUCCAACCAGUUGGUUGGCGGGCUGCAAGUGUUGCCAGGAGCUCCGCGUCCUUUAGAUGCAGUUCUCACCAGCCUGAUGCAUUCGCCUGAUCUCGCCACGUUCCUGCUCCCAUUGCCUCAGAAAGCAUCACAGUCCAACAAGCCUGCCAAGCGACAGGCCAGUGCCGGCGCAUCGACUCCGCCCCCAGCCAAGAGGCCCACCAAGGGCAAGGGCAAAGGCCGAGGAAAAUCGCAAUCAUCCAGUCCCACCUACGAUCUCCCGGCAGGAUGUGUUGCCAAGACGCCGGACGGUAAGCCACUCUGUUUUGCUUACAACCGAGGCAUUUGCAAGUUCAAGGGCUCAGGCCCGCGGUGCGCACGAGGCUAUCAUCUGUGCUUCAAGGCGGGAUGCCACAAAGCCAAGCCGUACCAUGAGUGUGGUCACUCAGCCGAUGUGGAUCACGUCCUUUGUAAUGCAAAGGUCCCCGUGGUCUUGUUGGAUCUCACCACGGCCGGUCAUCAGAGGUUGCUCCUUGAUUUGUUGAAGCAGUGUCCUCCCGCAUAUGUCCAUUUUGGUCUGCCGUGUGGUACCGCUUCUCGGGCGCGUGAUCGACCGAUCUCUGCCGCCCAUCAACAGGCUGGAGCUCCAUGUCCGCCGCCGUUGAGGUCCGCCGAUUUUCCACCCGGUCUGCCUUCCAUUUCGGCCGAGUCAAUUUCCGGAAUUCGUUUGCAGAAAGCCAAUGCAUUGUACGAUUUUGCACUCAUCAUUUUCCAGAUGUUACUCCCGAGGCGCACCAUCUUCAGUUUUGAAAAGCCCGCUCGUUCUUGGUUUUGGAGUGCCAUGCUUGCUCUUGCUCGUCAAAAGGGCGAUCCUGAUCUGAUCACCGCUUGGGACCGCUUGGAAGACAUCAACUUCCAUGCUUGUUGUCAUGGAGGCAGCCGCAAGAAAGACACUCGCUUCAAGGCCACUCCGGGGGUUUUUACUAAACUGAAUGCCAUUUGCCAGAACGAUCAUCCCCAUGAACCAUUUGCCCUUCGCUUCGAGUCCGGUCGAUGGGUCUUUGACACCGGCAGUGAAGCCGCUUACCCGGCCUUGUUGGCGGAGCGCAUGGCCGCCGCAGUUAAGUCCCAUCUCCUGAGUCAAGGACAGGCCUUUCCGGAUAGACCUCCUCUUCGAACUCAAACCUUAGCCUUACAGCAUCGUCAGCACAAAUCUCGUCCGCAGCUCAUCCCCGAGUUUGCUCAAAUCGUGUGGCUGCCUGACGAUGCACCUAUUCCCUCACAGGGCAAGCUUUUACCUCCGGGUUCUCACGGGGGAAAAGUACCGGAGGAACACGAACCACCCGAUAGCAAACGUGUGGGUAUAUUCCAUACCCCGGAAGAGUUCGUCGCAAAAGCAAUGAUGGCCAAGCAUCCGAUGGAUGAAAGGGGAAUCGAGAAGAUUACCCUCGAAGCUUUAGACUUUGUGAUGAACUCGGACCCGAAGCUGGUUGACAUUGAGAAGAAGAAGAACAUCCUAAAGGCAAGAAUCUUGGCUAAGAGGCUCGAAGCGGAAGAAAGCGUUCUCCACAAAAAUCUCGACCCAUCUGUGCAGAAAGUGGUACAGGACAAGAAGAUUCUUUUGUGGAAAAAGCUCUUGGAGGAGGCAAAUUAUGAUGACAUGGAAGUGAUAAAAUUUAUGACGGAGGGUGUGCCUCUGGUGGGAACCCACGACCACCCAGAAUGCUUCAAGAAGAAGAUCAAGAUGGCCGAAAUCUCGGAGGAACAGCUGAGGAGCACUGCAAGAUGGAGGAGAAAAGCCUUGAUCGCCAGGAGACCUCAAACCGAGGAACCUGGAUUCGCAGAACACUUGAGGGAGACGGCAAGUGAGGAAGUAGAUCUUGGAUUCUUGCAGGGCCCUUUCAAAUCCGAAGAGGAAGUGACAGCCAUCUUUGGUCAUGACAAUUGGAGCGCGCAGCUCAAUGCCGCCUACACGUCCACGAUCUGUUUGGAGCUCCAAGAUGCGGACUACGUCAUAGCAUUGGCGACGCUCUUGGGAGAAAAGCCAGACUUGAAGUGGAUGGGUAAAUGUCUCGACCUUUCAAAGGCGUAUAAGCAGUUGCCAGUGAAACCCGAACACCGUGACUUGGCAGUGGUUCAUUUUAAAAGUCCCGAUAACGAAAAUUUGUUCUACGUGCCGAAUUCGCUCACGUUUGGAUCCACAGCAGCGGUCUUCGCCUUUAACAGGGUGUCGAGGAGUCUUUGGUUCUUGCUGAACACAUAUCUAAAGAUCCCAUCAGCCUGCUAUUUUGACGACUUCCCUUUGUUUUCCCCGACCAGCUCGGCCGAGAGAACAGACGCUCAAGUGUCAGAGUUCCUUAACCUUCUAGGCUGGCGCCACAGCCAGACGGGGGCCAAGGGUCUGCCUUUCGCCGAAAGCUUUGAUGUUCUCGGAUUCACCUUGAACCUCGAUCAGCUAAAGGAAGGUGGUGGCCUGAUCCUUGAGAACAAGCCCGGGAGGGUCGACAAGAUGAAACAAAAGAUCUUUCAAGUGAAGGAGAAUGGGAUCAUGAAGCUCCAUGAAGCGCAAGAGCUCCACGGGCUGCUCAAUUUCGCUUGCGGCUACUUCGCCGGACGGCAGUUGCGAUACGCCUGCCAAAGGAUCUUCGGCUUUGUUGAGCAGGGGCGGAGCGGAGGCGAGCCCUUGAGGGUGUGGUGUGAUGAGCUCCUCACCUUGUUGGAGCAGUCCAAACCUAGAUGCAUUCCGAGGGUCCCCAAGAUUCAUUCGAUCUUGAUCUUCACUGAUGGGUCGUACGAGUCCCACGUGGGGGGCUUGGGCGCGUGUAUCUUUGACUUGGCCUCGGACGAGAGGUUUGUCUUCGAAAGUGAAGCGCCAAAGAACCUUUUGGAUCGUUGGGCCAAGGCCGUUGGUGACCAGCUCAUCUGUCAAAUAGAACUCUUCGUGAUGGUGCUUGUCAGAUGGGAGUUCCGGCAUCGCCUUGCCUUUCGACGUGCGCUUCUUUUCGUAGACAACGAG